AAAGCAGGAGCUCUCUCGGUUUAGAGAUACCAACAAGUCUCAAGUGUUGUACUAUUACCCCGAGACUGUCGCCACCAAUGCGUUCGUUGAAUUCGGCACGGAUAUAUCUGUGCCCAUAGUGCUUCCUAUCAAAGACCCCUCUGAAGUUCGGGACCCAGACGGCCUAAUAGUUCUCUUUCUAUUUGAUGACCCUAAGACUGUCCCUAAGCGUUUGAGGUACCAAGUAGUAACCAAGAGAAUCUACAGUAUGCAUAAAGUCUACGAUCCUCAUAUCGAUCAGCUGAGCUCUAAGGUCCUCGCUACCCAGUACCUGAUAACCCGGAUGUUUAUCAACUAUUGGUGGGCUCAGGGCUUCCGGAAUCUGGACUGCAACCACACCAAGCUUACGUCUGACAAGAAAGAUGUAACUGUCGUCGGGACGUUCGAUGCUGAGCUUGUCAUGUAUGACCUAAAGCCAGGGGGAGAUUAUAACAGCCAUGAGCAGCUCAUGAGGCUUGUCUUCCCAUUUUAUUUCAUCGGUCUGGUCUGCUUCACCACCCAGGCUGUGGUACAGGACAAGAAGAGCGGCGCCAAGAAUCUUCUAGAUGAGAAAGGACUGUACAUGCUCACUUACUGGGUGAGUUGGUUCCUUGCAAGCUUCUCUAUCGGCUCUCUGACUACUCUUCUCUUCAGUCUGGUCUACUGCUUGGACUUUGAUGACCCUGGCGGUGUCACAUUGACCAGGCCAUUGGUAGUCAUUGGGUUCAUGAUGCUCUACACGGCCAACUCAAUUACAUUCUCCUUCAUGAUUGCGUGCUUCAUUAAGAAAAGUUUACCCACGAAAGGUUUCCCAUGUUUGGGUAUACCUGCUAGGUGA